GCGUCUUCUGGCGCACGAGCCGUCGCCGCUGCCACGGAAUGCUAAUGAUGAUACAGCGGUGUGUGGACGUGCCUUGAGUGUCGGCGAGUGGAGUGGCGGCGGCGGCGGCGGUGGUUCAUAAUGGCCGUGUCGCCGAUGCCGAGACCGAAUCCCCAAGGCGUUCCGGACGGCGCCAUGCUGGACGUGACGGUCAAGACGCUCGAUUCGCAGACCCGGGCCUUUUCCGUGCCCGAGGAGAUCACGGUGAAGGAGUUCAAGGAGAGGAUCGCGACGUCUGUGGCCAUUGCCAGCGACAAACAGAGGCUCAUCUACCAAGGCAGAGUUCUGCAGGAUGACAAGAAGCUGAAGGAGUAUGACGUCCACGGCAAGGUGAUCCACCUGGUGGAGCGGGCACCUCCACCCUCCCGCCCUCCGGCCGUGGGGCCCGGUGGGGCACAGUCCUCGGCGUCUGCUGCCGGCGCUGGGGGCCCCCAGCGUGGCGGCGGUGGGGGGGGGUCAGGGGGGGGCCCGGGGGGUGCGGGCGGGGGCGGGGGCGGGGGCGGAACGGGGCCUCACCCCGAUCGCAACGGGAGCGGUGGCUACAUGAUGAUGGGCACCUUCAACGUGCCCUCCAACAUGGGCGACGUGCAGCAGAUACAGCACGCGGUGCAGCACGCGUUGUCGGGGCUCGGCGACCUGGGCCAGAACGCCAGGGUCACCACCUCCACAGGGCCGGAUGGUUCGUCGGUCGACGUGCAGAUAAACCUGGAGCAGCAGCCGGUGCAGAGCGAGCCGCGCCUCCGACUGGUGCUUGCUAGGCAGAUGCUGCGCGAGAUCGUCAACCUGUUGGGCCAGCUGGAGAGCAACGCGGUGGGAGCUGAUGGCGCCGACACUUCCCAGAAUGCCACGGGGGCGGCAGCGGCAGCGGCGGCCGCCUCAUCCGCGAGCGACGCCGAGAUGGAGGUGGACGUGGCGGCGGCAGCGCCCGGCGAGGCCGCGGCACCGUCGCCGGGCGCCGUCGGCGUGGAGGCCGAGUCCACGGCUGUGGCGGAGCCGGAGGGCGGCGGCGGCGGCGGCGCUGCCGUCGAGACGGCGCAGGGAGGGGCGGCACCGGCGGAGGGGCAGGAGCAGGGCCAGGCGACGAAUGGUGGCGGCCCGGCGGCUGUCAGCCACCCAGCGCCGGCGGAGCUGCUGGAGGUGCUGUCGGAAAUCCACUCGGUGCAGACGCAGCUGCAGCCCCACCUGGCGCGCUACCAGGAGAUCCUGGCCACGGCCGCCACCGCCGACUACAACAACAAUACGGAGGGGCGCGAGGAGGACCAGCGUGUGCUGGGCCUGGUGAGCGAGGCGCUGCGCUACCUGGGCAACGCCAUCGUCACGGUGUCCGACUUGCGCUGCAACCUGGCAUCGGCGGCGCCCCGCCACCUCCACGUGGCACGACCCCUCGCCCACUACGCCCACUACGCUCAGCCCGUCGUGCUGCAGCAGACGCUGCCCAUACAGAUCAACCUCGGCGCCACGGUCACCAUGUCCACCAACGGAUCGCCAACAGGCGCCACCAACAACGGCGGCGCUGCACAAGCCGGGAGCGUCCCUCCGUCGGGGGGCCCGGACCAGCUGGGCCCGGACGGCGUCCACGGCGAUCCCGGGCAGCAGCAGCAGCAGCAGCAGGCGCGGCCGCGCGUCAUCCGCAUCACUCACCAGGCCCGCGAGCCGCUCAUGAUGCACAUGAACAUGCCAGGAAUGAACGGCAACUUUGCCGCGACGUCCACGACGCAGACGCCGACGACUCAAAGCGCGGGUGGCAACGUGCCCCCCAACGUGAUCUUCGUGUACACCACGGAGGUGGGGGCCACCCAGCCCACCACCGCCACCUCCACCACCACCACGGCAACGGGGGGGGGGGGCGGCCGCGGCCGCGGCGGCGGCGCGCUGACGGUAACGGAGGUGCUGACGGUAAUGGAGGCGCUGACGGUAACGGAGGUAGUGACAGUAACGGAGGUGCUGAUGGUAACGGAGGUGCUGAUGGUAACGGAGGUGCUGAUGGUAACGGAGGUGCUGAUGGUAACGGAGGUGCUGAUGGUAACGGAGGUAGUGACGGUAACGGAGGUGCUGAUGGUAAUGACGGUGACGGAGGCACUGACGGUAACGAAGGUGCUGACGGUAACGGAGGUGCUGACGGUAACGGAGGUGCUGACGGUAACGGAGGUGCUGACGCGCCGCCCCCCCUCUCCCUUUCCCCCCCCCCCCCCAGGGAUCCCCCACCUGCACAUGCCGGGCAUCCCGCCAGAGCUCAUGCCGGCCAUCAUCCAGCAGAUUACCCAGCAGGCCAUGGCGGCGGCGGCAACCGCGGCCGGCCAGAUGAGACCGGUGUUCCAGGUGCGGCCCCCUCGCGUGCUCGUUGUUCGUGGCCCCCCGCCCACGGCGCGCCCCCCCGGCCCUGCCAGGCACUGUGCUCCCCUGCCGCUGCACACGCAGCAGCAGCAGCAGCAGCAGCAGCAGGGCAGCUUGCAGCCGGGCGCCAUUCCCGCCAACGGCUCCCUGGCCCAGGUCAUCGGCAACCUCGUCGGGCAGCUGCUGACGGUGAACCCGGCCGCGGCCGCCGCAAACGGGGGCGCGGCCGCUCCCGCCGCGGCGGCCUCCACCGCGCCAGGCGGCACCGCUGCCACGGUCACCACCUCGUCCGCCUUCCCCGGACCGACCGCCUUCCUCAUCGGCGGCGGGGCCGCCGGGGGCACCGGCGCCGGCACCUCGUCAUCGUCGUCGUUCUCCACCUCGUCCACCUCCUCGUCCACCUCCUCCUCCGCCACCUACAGCACCACCUUCAGCACCAGUUCCGGCGAUCCCUCAUUCGGCAGCGGGCAGAUGAACCAGGUGCAGCUGGUGCAGCUGAUGCGGACUCUGGUGGCAGGCGCGGCGCCGCCGCCGCCGGCGCCGGCGCCGGCGCCGCCGCCAGGGGCGGCGGCGGCGCCUGCGGCAGCGGCGGCGGCGGCGGCGGCGGCGGCAGCCGGCGUUGUUGGCGUGGCGCCGGGCACCAAUGUGACGUUCCAGCACCCGCAGGGCGCUCCGCAGUCAGUCUUCUUCCGGGGGCUGGCGGAGUUCAUGCAGGCUGCAGCGGUCUUGGGCCAGCAGCAGCAGCAGCAGCAGCAGCAGGCGACACCAGCGCAAUCGCAGCAACCUCCAUCGACGCCGCAGCAGCAGCAGCAGCAGCAGCAGGCGCAAGCGGGAACGACAGCCGGCUCCUCGCCGGCAGGAGCGCAGCAGGCGCCAGCGGAGGAGGCGCUGACGCCGGACUUCUUCAGCAGCGUGGUGCAGGGCGUGCUGGACAGCGUGCUCACGUCGCUGGGCGGCGCCAGUGGUUCGGAGAGCCAGGAGAGCAUCGCCAGCUUCAUCCAGCGCCUCAGCGGCACGCCCAGCGUGUCCGAGACCGGUGACGUGUUCUUCAGCGAGCUGCUGACCCUCGUCUGCGAGUCCCUGUCCAUGACUGACGUGGUGAUGCUGCUGCACGGACAGUCGCAGCCCCUGCAGCGUCUGAGGCCCCAGCUCACGGCGUUCUGUCGCCAGCACUUCCUGCACGACGGCGAGCCCACCGAGCCCAACAUCGCCGCCUCAACGGAGCAGUUGGUAGAUUUCAUGGAGCAGUACGUGCGGGAGAGCUUUGCGUCCGUUGCUGUGCGCAAUGGGGUGGACAUCCUGCAGACGAAUCUGUGCUUCGUCCGUGAGAGGAUAAACCGCCUGGCGACCUACAUUCUGUGCAACGCGGACAGCGACGCGGAGUUUGCGCGCCAGCUGCUGGUGCUGUGUAACGGGGCGCUGUUCGAGUGGCUGGCGCUCAACCGGCACUGCUUGCGCGACGGGGAUGACGCCCUCAUCGCCGUCAUCAACAGCCGCGUUCAGGGCCACCUGUCGGCGGACGUCAACUCCACGAUGAUGGUGUGGAUCGCCGCCAUGAUGGAGUCGCGGCUCCGCGCCAUCAUGGCGCUGCUCCCGCCCGGCGGGGAGCACGUGGUCCUGCAGCACGUGCGGCGCCGCCCCGACGCUCCGACUCCGUCGUCGCGGCCGCCGCCGUCGCCGGCCGCGCCGACGCCGGCGGCGGCGGCGGCGGCGUCGGCGUCCACGGACUCUGCGGCGCAAGGGCCAUCCGGUGACGAGGUGGAGAUGGCCGACAGCGACUCGGUCAAGUCGGCUCCCAUGCAGUCUCCCCCGCCGGCCACCACCGCGGAAGAGGCCGCGGGUCUGGCCGACCGGCCCGUCGCCAUGGACGCCGUGCCACCGGGGGCGACGCUUGGCCAGGAGGAAGCGGCGACGGGCGCCGAGGCUUUGGUGGGCGACGCCUGGGCCUCCGUGGUGCCACCCGACUGGGUGCCGGUGAUGAGGCAGGAUAUCCACACCCAGCGGCGCAUCAAGCCGCAGGCUCCGUUCAGCGACGCCUAUCUCAGCGGCAUGCCCGCCAAGCGCAGGAAGACCAUGCAGGAGGGGGAGGGUGGACGCCUGUCCCUGGCCGACGCUCUACGCCGAGCGGCGCGCGGAGCCGGGGCUCAGCCGGUGACCAGCGUGGAGUCGCUGGCACGCGACGCCGACGCCACGCAGGCCGCGUACAGGCAGCAGGUGAAGUCUGACAUCAAGAAGCGCCUGAAGGACGACUCGGACUACGACCCCAGUCGCUUCCCCAACUCGCGCAGAGUCUUCGGGGACGACGACUCUUAGGGGCGCGCACGGCGCCAGAGCCGUUGGUGCAGGAG